AUGUCGAAAAUCGCAUCAACCUUUUCGCGCCUGGUGCGCUUCGCUCCGAAAUCUAACCCGGCCAAGGUUCUAAUCGGGGAACCGAUCGAUCCGCAAUUAGAUGUGGGAUUGGCUGUUUACCAGGGCAAGAAUGUCUCUGUACAUCCUUUUUCAGGCUCCUCCGUCUUGAACCCUGGGCGUAUUACUCAGUCUACGGAGACUAUUGAUCGUAUUCUGUCACCCCUGGCGCAGACGGAAGUUGGGUCGAUUCGUUGUAUUGGGUUGAAUUAUGCCUCACACGCCAAGGAAAUGUCCUUGCCUAUCCCUGAGGUACCGACUUUGUUCAUGAAGCCGUCUACUGCACUCGGGAACCCUUGGCCUGCGCCCACUGUUCUUCCCAAGAUUACACAGCAAGAUAACACUGGCGAUUACGAGUCUGAAAUGGUUAUUGUUAUCGGACGCGAUGCGAAAGAUGUGUCCGAAUCCGAGGCUUUGGAUUAUGUCCUAGGAUACACUGCUGCCAAUGACGUAUCAAGCCGAACGUCGCAGAUGAGCCAGAGCCAGUGGUGUUUCUCGAAGGGCUUCGAUGGCGCAUGUCCUAUUGGUCCUGUUUUGGUCUCAGCUGCUCUGGUCCCAGAUGCUAGCAAGUUUAAGAUUCGCGGUCUGAAGACUGGCACAGUGAUGCAGGACUGUCCACUUACCGAUUUGAUUUUCACUGUGCCGCAGCUUAUUAGCUUCUUGUCUCAGGGUACUACUUUACCUGCUGGUACGAUUAUUUUGACUGGUACACCGCCAGGUGUGGGUGCAGCCAAGAAUCCUAAAGAGUUCAUUAAGAGUGGGGACGAGUUUGCUGUUGAGUUACUACCUCAUGUGGGGACGCUCAUAAACAAGAUUGAGCAUCAGUGA